UUUGGGCACUUUUUCGAAAAACUUAAUUCAACAGUUUUGUUUUUUUGCUCACUUUUGAAGCCAGCCCGUUUGAAGCUGCAACCACGGAUCUCUCUAGGAUUUUAACUUUCAGGAAUAACGGGGUGCACAAUACCGACCUGCAACCAGCCGGCAUGUUGAAGUUUAUAUCUGCCGUUAUCACCAGAGCGUUAUUUAUCCUCGUCUCUCUGACCGGCGUCUGGAGGGUGACAUGGGUGAAGAAAGAUCACACUUACUGGUUCCUGACUUUCCUCUUUCUGCCGCUUGUCGUUGAAAUGAUAAUAACGCUAAAGAGUCGAAAAGGACAAGAUUACAAAUGGUUUUCUCCUCCUAUCUUUCUGUUUCUAAUAAGUAUCAUUCCCUCCAUCUGGAUCCUGGAGCUCCACCACCAGCAGGACAAAGUCAGGAACCCCUCAGGUCACCCUCAGUGCAAAAACCUUGAUUCUUGGGAGAAUCUGCGCAAGGUGAUCACUCUGAACGAGACCCUGGGAAACGGAAACCUCACAAACUACCUGAAGCAUUUUAACCAGGUGUUAUCGUCUGUAUGUUCUAACGACUGGAUCCUGGCUCUCCAUCAGAUCCUGCUCAUCCUCCUCAUCUUAGGGAAGUGGCUCCUCCCGCUGGGAGGCGGAGUCACGCGGGACGAGCUCUCGCAGCUUCUCCUAAUUUUUGUUGGCACUGCGGCAGACAUCCUUGAAUUUACUAGCGAGACACUGUCAGAUGUCAAAGAGAACAGCCCUCAGCUGGUCUACAUCAUCUUAGCUGUAUGGACCUGGAGCAUGCUGCAGUUCCCCUUACAUCUGGCUGUGGUGAACUCCAAGCCAGACAGUGAGGGUGAGCAUGGGGUCCAGGAGAUGUCCCUCUUGACUAAGCACAGCACGGACAUGUGGAGCAUCUUGGAGGCCUUGUUUAUCCAGGACGGGCCUUUCCUGGUGGUCAGGCUCACUGUUAUGACCUACUAUGAAGUCUUCCACCAGAUGUUGGUGUUCUUUGCCAUCAAGAACUUCCUGGUGGUCAUACUGAACUUGUACAGGUUGGUUGUUCUAUGCCAGGACACCAGCAGAAGAGUCAGCCGGGACAGCGCUAUCCCAUGAGUUUGCAAGUCAUCUCAAAUGGGGAAUCGGGAGAUGGAGAAAUAUUACAUCCAAAGUUUUACAGUUACAGUGGACUGGUAAAAACUGCAAUUGGAGCAGGAAAAUAAGUGCUUGCUCUGUGUUUUCUUCUCAGAAUGUACUUAACUCAAUGGUGGGAUCAAGGUUGUGAAUAAUUAACGCUGUUGGGAACAGAAAACUGUGAACAAUCAUUUUCUUACACUUGCAACGGAAUGAAGUUGCCAAGUUCACAGCCCACACUUGACAGCAUCGGACUAAUUUCGAAGCUUAUACCCUUAUUGACAUUUCAGUCCCUCUGGAGCUAACCUCGGUCCACUCAGUUAAAACCACCGUUUAUUCAGUACUUAAACUUGUCUGUGUGCAUGAACAUGCUGGUCUAAAAUCUGUGUAUGAAGAAGACUUACUAGUCAGCUUGUUACUGGUAUGACAUUAAAAUAAUAGAUAUGAGGCUAACAGCAAGCAGUGGACACAGAGGAAAAGAAGGAAGCAGAGCAGAAUAGGAAAAAGGUGUGGGGGUCUGAGUAAAAGAUAUCGCAUGUAAACAGAUCAUGCAAGAGCCUGUCAGCAAAAUAAAAUGAACGAAUGAAGCCUGAAAGCACCACCUGUGCCAGCAUACAGUAACUGAAGCCAGGCUACUGUUUAGAUAAAGGAUUUUUUACAGUGGGAUUCCAGGCAUCUUGUUGAGCGGCAGUAAGGACAGGGACAGCAGGAAGAGCGGACGACAGAGGGAUAUACUAGAUGACAUAAAGCCUGUGUUGACUGAAGCUAAGAUCAAGGGAGAGCAAUUUCCCUGUCUUAACCCAGACAGGAAGUUAAAACUGAAUGUGAAAACAUCCCAUGGUAGUUGGCAGUUUGACAAAACCACUAUAUCAACCCUGAAUAAGGUGGACCAUCAAUUCUGAUUAUCUUUGACAUUUGAAUGGGAAAUAAAUCAGGAAGGUGAGUAGGAUAUAAUUUUUUUUCUCCAAACUUUGAUUGAUGUUAUUUUGUACCUUUGGAUAAUCACCAUUUAAAUGAAGGAGAGACAUGCUAUUCACAGGUCAAGAAGUCAUCAGAUUUAUUACAUCAAAGUUAUUCUAUCCUUACUGUUACUCUUGGCCAGCUCUGACUGAUGGUUGUAACUCUGUGCCUGCUAGAAACUGCAAUUGAAAAUAAAGAGACUGAAGACACGUACAAUUGCAUUCAGGUAUUCAACUCAAUUUGAGUUGUUUGUGUUCAUACCCUUUAAAACCAUUAAAUAUUGUAAACUUUAUAAUGCCAAAGAAUGAUUAUUAUGACUCCCUGGUUUAUAUGAAGAUGUUUAGAAGACGCCCUUAGCACAAACUCUGCAUUACAACUUUUAUUAUUGUUUUUUUUUGUCAUGUUAUCUUUUUUAUUUCUCCCUCAAAAUAGUAUUAUAUCCAUGGCUGAGCAAGUGUUAUUUUUCACCAUCAUAUAAUCAUUGUUAUUUAAUAUCUCUUGGCCCGCCACAGCCCAAAUAAAACAUUCCAUACCAUUAUCAGUUUCA